AUGGACAAAGCUUGGGUACAUCUAAGCAGAGUUGAUCCUGGAUAUGAGAGAGGGGCUUCACAGUUUGUCCAGGAUGUGGCUUCAGCUAUGGGAGGGAUUGAUAUGAUUAUAUGCCCGUGCAUAGACUGCCGUAACAUUGAUCGUCAUUCAGCAAGUGUUGUAGUUCACCAUCUAGUUACCAGGGGAAUGGAGGAGGGUUAUAAGAUGCGGAGUGAUUGGUAUCUACAUGGAGAAGUGAACUCAGAGGUUGCAGGUGAAAGUAGAGCAACUGAAUGGAAUGAUGAGAUCUUUGGGCUGUACAGAGCUGCUGAGCUUUUUGAUGAAGAGUUAGUUGAGACGGGGGAUUUAUCUGAAGCUGCAGAGGGAGACGACAAGAAAGAAGAUGAGUUUUUGGCAAAGUUAGCUGAGGCUGAAACACCCCUGUAUCCGAGCUGUGUCAACCAUAGUAAGCUCUCUGCAAUUGUUUCAUUAUUUCGACUGAAGACUCAGAAUGGGUGGUCUGACAAGAGCUUCAAUGAUCUGCUAGAGACAUUGCCGGAGAUGUUACCAGAGGAAAAUGUGCUUCACACAUCACUGUAUGACGUGAAGAAAUUUCUGAAAUCCUUCGACAUGGGCUAUGAGAAGAUUCAUGCAUGUAUUAAUGACUGCUGUCUGUUCAGAAAGAGGUUCGAGAAGCUUGAGAAGUGUCCAAAGUGUAAGGCUUCGAGAUGGAAGACAAAUAUGCAUACUGGUGAGAAGAAGAGGGGCGUCCCACAGAAGGUAUUACGUUAUUUUCCUAUAAUUCCUAGACUGAAGAGAAUGUUCCGUUCAGAGGAAAUGGCUAAGGAUUUACGGUGGCACUCUAUGAACAAAAGCAGUGAUGGUAAGCUUCGUCACCCUGUUGAUUCAGUGACAUGGGAUCAGAUGGAUGCUAAAUACCCAACGUUUGCAGCUGAAGCAAGGAACAUCAGGCUUGGACUUUCAACAGAUGGAUUCAAUCCAUUCAACAUGAAGAACUCGAUGUACAGUUGCUGGCCUGUUUUACUGGUAAACUACAACUUGCCACCUGACUUAUGCAUGAAGAAGGAGAACAUCAUGCUCUCAUUGUUGAUUCCUGGUCCACAGCAGCCUGGUAAUAGUAUAGAUGUAUACUUAGAACCCCUCAUCGAGGAUCUGAACAGCCUGUGGAGCAUUGGGGAGUUAACAUUCGAUGCUCUGAGUCGAUCAACAUUUACUCUUAAGGCAGCAUUGCUCUGGACAAUCAGUGAUUUUCCGGCUUACGGGAAUCUUGCAGGCUGCAAAGUAAAAGGUAAAAUGGGGUGUCCGUUAUGUGGGAAAAAGACAGAUAGCAUGUGGCUAAAGUUCAGCAGAAAACAUGUGUACAUGUGCCAUAGGAAGGGUCUCCCACCAGGUCAUCGUUUCCGGGGAAAGAAAAGAUGGUUUGAUGGCAAAGCUGAACAAGGAAGAAGAGGAAGAAUACAGACUGGGCGUGACAUUUCUCAACACCUUAGAAAUUUCAAGAAUGAUUUUGGAAAUUUCAAAGGAUCUGCAAGAAAGAGAAAAAGGGUUCAGUGUGCUGAUAAUAAAGGCUCUGAUAGUGAGGCUUUAUCGAGUGAAUCAGAGGAAGAAGAAGAAGAAGAAGUAGAAGUAGAUGAAGAUGAGUUAUCUAGAUGGAAGAAGAGGUCAAUCUUCUUCAAGCUACCUUACUGGGAGGAACUUCCGGUGAGGCACAACUUAGAUGUUAUGCAUGUGGAGAGAAAUGUGGCUGCGAGUUUAGUGUCAACUUUGUUGCACUGUGGUAAAUCAAAGGAUGGUCUUGCAGCUCGUAAAGAUCUCGAGGAGCUUGGUAUUAGGCCAGAGUUGCAUCCUAGAGUUCAGGUUAAACGCACAUAUCUUCCUCCAGCACCGUGGUCGUUGUCCAAGGCAGAGAAGAAGAUCUUUUGCAGGCGUCUAUUCGACUUCAAAGGGCCAGAUGGAUAUUGUUCUAACAUCUCAAGAGGUGUCUCGUUAGAUGAGUGUAAAGUCACAGGGUUGAAAUCACAUGACUACCAUGUGUUGAUGCAGCAACUUCUGCCCAUUGCACUGAAAGGUUUGUUACCAAAAGGACCAAGGCUUGCAGUGUUUAGGUUAUGCGCAUUCUUCAAUCUGCUGUGUCAGAGAGUGACUGAUAGGGAGAAGCUUUUGGUCAUGGAAGCUGAGAUUGUUGAGACUUUGUGUUUGUUCGAAAGAUUCUUUCCUCCAAGCUUCUUUGAUAUCAUGCUCCAUUUGACUGUCCAUCUUGGAAGAGAAGCCCGGCUUGGUGGACCAGUACAUUUUAGAUGGAUGUACCCAUUUGAAAGGUAUAUGAAAGUCCUUAAAGACUUUGUAAGGAAUCCUGCAAGACCAGAGGGAUGCAUUGCUGAGUGCUAUCUAGCUGAGGAAUGUAUCAGGUUUUGUAAUGAAUUUUUGAAGAAGACUACAAAUGUCCAACAGAAAGUAGAUAGAAACAUGGAGUUCGAGAACAAUUAUGUCUUAGAGGGUCGUCCAAUUUCGGGAGGCACUUCAGUUACUCUCAGUGAAACAGAAAAAAAGAUUGCUCAUCUUGCUAUCAUCCAAAACAUGGCUCUCGUCGAACCUUAUAUAGAUGAACAUCUACAACAUUUGCAAGAUAGUGAUGGAAGAUGCCGUCGAGAUGCAUCAACCUUAUGGAGUAUGCAUACAAAGAAUUUUGCAAGUUGGCUAAAAGAACAGGUGCCUCUUGAUUCUACAGCACAUGAUGAAACACUUAAGUGGAUAGCUUAUGGUCCAAGAUGUAGUGCAAGGUCAUAUACAGGAUUCAUAGUUAAUGGACAGAGAUUUCACACUAUAUCUGUUGAUAGGAAGAGUCAAAACAGUGGGGUUUAUUACGAGGCAACAGCAGUUUGUAGAUCAAGUGCCAAAGAUACAUCACAGGUCGUUAAUUUGGUUUCCUACAACGGCAGAGUAACUGACAUCAUUUUGGUGGACUAUAACAUCUUCUAUGUUCCUCUGUUCCGGUGUCAAUGGGCCGUAAAGGGUAAUGGAGUGAAGAUUGAAGAUGGUUUUACACUAGUUAACAUGAAUCAUAGUCAAGCCUCCUUUACAAGUGACCCGUACAUACUAGCAUCUCAAGCGAAGCAAGUCUUCUACUCAAGGGAAGAUGAGUCUUCGAAUUGGUAUAUAGUAAUGAGAGGUCCUUCCAGAAGAUACAGUAAGGAAGAGACUCAAGAGGGAACUGCAGACAUUGGACCAUUGCCAUCAAAUAUAGACAUGGAUGCUGAGAUUGAUGAAGCUGAGAAUGCCAGAAGUGAUGCUGAAGGCAUUUAUGUGUAA